GUCAAGUUACCUAUAUUUACCUAUAUUUUCCUAUAUUUUAGCCCUCUACCUAUAAUAACCUAUAAAAUCCUAUAUUUUGCCAAAAUACCUAUAAAUACCUAUAAUCUGGAAAUUUUGUGGUAAGCAAGGAAUUCAAAGGCCAUUCAAACCAUUAAAAAAGAAGUGAUUCUAUGAUAAUUGAGUUUAUAAAUAUGCUGAACAUUACCUUUUAGGCAUUGAAAUUUGUAUUCCUUUCAGGUGUAGUGACCCUGCCCAGCCCAGCUUUAGGAAAGCUUUAAGUAAUGGAAGUUCUUUUUUCAAUUGGAAUAUUUUCCAUUUCUUAAAGCUUUCAUGUAUAAAAAUGUGAAUAGGAAAUGCACAUGUUUUUAUUUUGUUUUCAGAAUAAACAAGCCUUAAUGUUUCAUAAUUAAGCCUCAUAAUGCCUGCUAAUAAGAGUCAGUUUCGAGAUAGGUGGCUAUCAGAAGUAGAUGGCAAUGGACAUGAACUGAAAUUUUGGUGUGUCAGGACUUCAGUAUUGUUAAUCAGCUUAGUGAUGAAGAUAUUGUCUUGGGAGAAGCACGACAGGAAAUAUCAAACAUGAAAUCAUCAGCAGCUCAGCACAAAGAAAUCCUUGGAAUUCGAGCAUUCUUCACUUCAGUAUCAAAAUACUUGGUCACUCGACUUCCUUUCCAGAACAAACUUAUAAAGUCAUUAGGUUGCCUGUCUCCAGUCAGAAGAUUUGAAAAAGGCUCUGUAAUUGAUGCUGAAAUUUUGUCCAGGGAGAUGCAUUUGAUGAAAAUAUGACUGUUAAUAUUGUGGAUGAAUGGAAGGUAUAUCAAACAGAAGAUGAUUUGAAAGAAGAAGAUAGAAUUGACCAUUAUUGGAGACAAGUGUUUGUGAAGAAGCUUGAUAGCGGGCAGCUCAAGUACAGAUUUUUACUCCAACUUGUCAAGAAAGCUCUGGUAUUACCACAUGGAAAUUUAGAGGUUGAGAGAAGUUUGUCAGUGAACACUAGUGUAGUGACUAAGGACAGAGUUGCCUUGGGUGAGAAAACUGUUACUGCCAUCAGAACUUUGAAGGACAUAGUUAAGUUCAGUGAUCCUGUAGAUGAGCAACCUCACAAAAUACCAUUAAACAGUGAAAUACUUCUGGCAGCAAAAAUGGCCCAUAACAAGUAUAAACAGAGGAUUGAGACAGGAAAAGAAGAAAGAGCGAAAAAGAAACAGGAGAGAGAGAAAGAAAGGCUUGAAAAGAAAAGAUUGGAAGAACUUGCAACAGAAGAGAAUAAUAAGACCUCCUCCAUGCUUGAAAAAGAAAAAGCACUGCUUAAAAAAGAAAUGGAGAUUCAGACAAGGUUGACUGUAGCAGAGGAACUGUUAAAAGAUGGGAACAAAAAGCUUUCUAAAGCUGUUGAAAGUAGUGACAUGAAAGGUGCUUCUGUAGCACAAAUGAUGAUAGUAACAGCCACAUCAAAGAUAGAGGGUAUAAGAAAGGAAAUGGACAGGGUACGUGAAAACCAAAGGGAAGUUGAGCAGCAAAAGAGACAGUUACUGGUUAACAGACUAGAUAAGUGUAGUUCUAAAUCAUCAAGCAAAGGAAAGAAACAAGAAUCAGCCAUAUCAAGUUCCAAAAGCUCUGCCACUGCUUCAACAAGAACUUCAAAAUCUGAACCAGACAAGCAAGCUGCCUCUUCUUCCAAGUCAAGUCCUUCAUCAGAAAAGCAUUCAUCCAAGAGAAAGAAUGAAGAUAAAGAAACAGAUGCCAAGAAAUCCAAGAAGGUCUAAUGUAACAAUAUUAUAGGACCCUGGGUCAAGGGACUCCAUGUGUUAUCAUGUUUACAGAGAUCAUGGUAUUCAAUAAACAAGCCUUAAUGUUUCAUAAUUAAGCCUCAUAAUGCCUGCUAAUAAGAGUCAGUUUCGAGAUAGGUGGCUAUCAGAAGUAGAUGGCAAUGGACAUGAACUGAAAUUAUGGUGUGUCAAGGGGAAGAGUGACUCUUAUGGUCACUGUACAUUGUGCAAAACUGACAUAAAGUGUGAUAUUGCUGGACUGAGACAAAUUCUUCAACAUGCAAAAGGCACUCAACACAAGAAAUUAAGUAAAGUUGCUUUCUCAUCAACACAACUCUAAACUGAAAUUUAAACCUCCAACAGCUGAUGAAAACCCAUGUUCAACUUCAGAAGGAACAGUCCAUGGUAGCAUUAGUGAAUCACCAGCUACCACCUCAAAGCAAAAGCAAAUUUUAAGCUAUUCAUAUGCUAAAGAUGAUGUUAUUUCUGCUGAAGUAUUGUGGGCAGCAAAAUGUGCCUGUUCUAAUAUAAGCUUUAGAGCCAAUGAUGGAAUUGGAGAAACAUUCAAAGCUAUGUUUCAUUGUCCAAUAGCAGAUGGAUUUAGUACGAGUCGAACAAAAUUGUCAUACCUCUUGUCUGAUGGGUUAGGACCUUCCUUCACCAAACUGUUGCUGUAAGUUGUGAGACAGUCAAGUAACUAUUUUUCUCUUCAAUAAUGAUGAAACUACUCAGGCUCAAGUGAAGAAGCAAAUGGACCUUUUAAUAAGGUAUUGGUCUCCAACGUAUGAUGAUGUCUGGUGUAGGUAUUACAAAUCCUUGUUCUUUGCUCAUGCAGAUGGAAAGACUGUUGCAUCAGCAAUGGUAGAGACUCUUCUUGGGGACACUGUACCAAUUAAAUAUUUAAUUGCACUUGGCAGUGAUGGACCAAAUGUCAACAAAACAAUUUUUAGGGAAGUGUCUAAACAAAUUAAAGAAACUUCACUUCAUUGGGAAGGACUAUUGAAUGUUGAUACAUGUAAUCUUCAUACCAUGCAUAAUGCAUUUAGCAAGGGCAUUGAAGAGUAUGGUCAAGAAGCAGAAGACCUUGCAAUAGCCUUAUUUGGUUUGUACAAAUGCAGGCCCAACACAAUAUUUUAUACUUGUAUACACAAUGUACUGAUAUAUGUUGUUAGCAAUAUGGCUUGGUUUGCCUAAUUCCCUGUUAAACUGAUUUGAGUACCAGUAUUGGUAAAGUUUUGUCUGUUGGUGAAUUAAUAGUUUAUUAUGAAAGUAAGAUAUAUGUUAAAAUGUUAUUUGUUUAAAAUCAUAAAAGUAGCCACUUUUUCUGUUCCUUUAUAUUUUAUGUUUAAUAAAAGAGAGUGCUGGUAGGUGGUGAAGGAGGAUAAAACACUUGUCUGACUUGUUUUCUUCAUUAUAAGCAACCUAUAUAAUCCUAUAUUUCUGGCCCCCAAAUACCUAUAUUUCAGGAUCCUACCUAUAUUUUUGACUCCCAAAAGCACUUGACGCCCUGCACUUAAAUUCCACAAAAUAAUCAAGAAUUUCCAAGUUUUCAGAGAAUUAUUAAUUUUUUUCACGACUGUAAAUCGCACGACGUCCUCACACCGUCACAUGGCGCGAAAACAUGACGUAACGCAAUGACAAUCUCGUGGAAACUAUACCGCUUUGAUCUCCACUGCAGAUGCCACAAUAACCGACACACUUCUUUUAGCUCUUUGAGGGGGUGUUAAUUGAUGAUGAAAACGAGGCCAAUUACUUAGUUUAUCAUCAGAAUGAUUACCGAUAAUUGUUGAUGUUUUUUUUUUUUCACUUUCAACACUGGUGCUGAUUGUGUCCAUAUUUUGGGACACUUUUCAAAAUAAUUAUUUUUCGGGAUAACAGAUUGCUACAGUCUUCCAUUUUUAAUUAUUUAGAAAUAAGUCCUGUUUCUUUGAGUCAUAUGAAGUUAUGACGUCUACAGCAUCACAAUUUAUGAGAUAGAAUUGGAGGUCCACUAAAGUCUGAGCAGGUCUACUGGAUUUUAGCAGUUGGUGAACCUGCUGGCAACUGCUGAAGAAAGUUAAGGUUGAGGCCUGAUUAGGCAGUUAAUUGGCGAUAAUAAGGUUACUAAACAGUUACACUGAAAUGUUCUGACACCUACUAAAAAAAAAUUAAAAAAAAAAAAAAAUUCCCUACCUACCGACCUCUAUUUUUUUCAGCAUGUUACAGGAAACAAACAUAUUUUUUUUUUAUGCCUCAAUUCUUCGAAAAGUCGAGCGCGCUGUCAUCCGACAGCUCUUGUUGGACAGACCUUUUCAUACUAGUAUAAAUUUCCUUUAAAAUAUGAAACUAUUAAAAAAAAAUGCAUAAUUCUGAAUGUUAUUAAGGGUAAAGGGCUUUGGGUGAGGAGGUCAGGAUGGGGAGGGUACAUGAUGGGGGUAAAGGGUGUUAAUCAUGAUUACUUCAGAGGAUGAGCAGUUCAGCCUCUGUAGACCCUCUUAUUGCAGGGAUGGAUACACAUUCCGUAAGAAGAUGUACAUUACAAUGCAGCCUGGAUGUAUUGUCCAUGUUUACAGAUAUAGGACUGACCUUGUUGAUUUAGCACUUACUUGUCACCAUGUUACUGUAAACAUUAAUAUUUAAUGUGACAAUAAUGGUUUCAUAUCAUAGAUAGUCAUCAUACCAUACCUGGUUACUUAUAGAUGAUUGCCUUCAUGCAUUGAUAAUAUAGGUGUGAAAGUUAAAUACUACAAAAUCAUUUAAUGUUGCGGGGAUGGAUUUUCUUGGUUUUGACCAGAACAGCUACUUCAUAGAGAUAUGAAUUUCUGGAUUUCAAAUAAUCUGUUAUUUCUUUUUAACCUUUAAAUUACCAUGCUAAAUUUCUAAUAUGGACUAAUCCGCUAUUUAGUUUGGGCAGUACCACUUCUUAUUCAAAGGUGUUCACUGGAAAUUUACUGACUCAGAAUAGCAAACAGUGCAGACCAUGAUCAGCCUGCAAAGCCAAAAUUGCUUGCUUUCAGCAGGUUAAAGGUUAAGGAUUGAUAUAUACAUCCAUGAAAUCAGAAAAAAAUAAUGUUCCCCACAGAUUUUAAUGAUUUCACGGUAUACCAUAAAUUGGGGUAUUUUGGAUGUGACUAUUGUCUUUUCUAACUUGCCACCCAUACUGAAUUGGUAAGUUGUGAGUUAGAAUCCCAGCAAGGGCUGUAUUUGAUCCAGGUCUUCACAGUCCCUUUCCAAAGUUAGAGUAAUGAUAAAUGCAGGAAUUGUCAUCAAGCCCAGUUUGCAUGAGUUUUUUUAUUCAAGAAUUUUCAGCUUGUUUUAACCUUUAGCGUGCUGGCAGCAACAGUGAUUCUGCCUUAAAUGACCACAGCAGACCAAGCCCUACAGGCUGAUCAUGGUCUGCACUGUUCACUUCAGUCAGUAAAUUUUCAG